CUUCGUUAUGGAAGCUGUAGACAAGAAUGUCGUGCGCUGUUCUUUCCAGAAUGACAUUGGGUGUUGUUCUGAUUGUCAGCAAGGAUGUGUAUGGGCUGCUCUUGUGGCUGAGGACAUUUUUGCUCAGCUAUGUGAACGCUGGUCGUUUCACAACGAGUUCGUGGAGAUGUACGCGAGCGAGGCACUAAAGCAUUGUGAACGAUCUCACAAGACCUUGCUCCCGAAAACUCCUUUGAAACGGAAAACAAGGCGAAGCAGAUGUUGCAGUAGGAUCAAGUCUAAUCAUUGUGCAAGGUAUAACCUUCGAAGAAGACAGAAACAAAGUACCACGCCAGACCAACAACAGUUUCAGAUCCUCAUUAGUAAGCAAGGUAAUGGUAAUUUUAUGUCUUAUGCUGCUAAUAACCGACAUGUAUGCUUGUGAAAUUAUGUGUGUGUUUGCGUAUGUGCACAGGGUUCUAGCCAGGCAUGUGAGGGCGUAGCGGCCCGCUAUGCUUCCAACAUACUGGA